UGCUAUUCCCUCGUCCAGCUGCGUUGGAAAGAGCUGCACUCAUCUGUACACACGCUCGAGAAGUUCCACGGCCUGGAUAUGUCCUUCAUAUUUGAUUGGAUUUAUAGUGGUUUCAGUAGCGUUCUGCAGUUCCUGGGGCUGUACAAGAAGUCUGGCAAGUUAGUAUUCCUCGGUCUGGACAAUGCUGGCAAAACGACGCUGCUGCAUAUGCUCAAAGACGACAGACUGGGUCAGCAUGUGCCAACCUUACACCCCACCUCAGAGGAGCUGACGAUUGCUGGCAUGACCUUCACCACGUUCGAUCUGGGUGGCCACGCUCAGGCUCGACGAGUGUGGAAGAACUACCUCCCAGCCAUCAACGGCAUCGUCUUCCUGGUGGACUGCGCCGAUCUCAUCAGACUGGCCGAGUCCAAAACAGAGCUUGAUGCACUAAUGACAGAUGAAACCAUCGGAAACGUGCCUAUCUUGAUCCUCGGCAACAAGAUCGACAAACCUGAAGCCAUUAGUGAGGAGAAACUGCGCGAGAUCUUUGGCCUGUACGGUCAGACGACGGGAAAGGGCAACGUUCCUCUCAAAGAGCUGAACACGAGACCCCUGGAGGUGUUCAUGUGCAGCGUGCUGAAGAGACAGGGCUACGGCGAGGGCUUCCGCUGGCUCUCACAGUACAUCGAUUAGAGGAAGAGGAAGAAACACACGACUCGACUCCCACAGACUGAUAUCAUUCAGUUCAUCAACUCUUUUCUCACAUUAUUUCUUACGAAAACUGAUUCUGUGGAUGUGGUAAACUCCAAACAAUGCAUCUUUGCGUUCACGUCAGUUUUAUUUACGCUCUAAUUUGAUGUUUUUUCUGUCUGUUUAUCUGUAAAUGAUUCUACAUGUGUACUGAUAACACCACUUCAGAAAGAGCUGAUAGAAGUGUACACCGCUUCACAUCACAUACUUCAAACAGGAAGUGCUUUGACUUCUCUCCAGUGUUUCAUUUCCUGUCAUGAGGCCGCAGUCCUCGGGCUUUAACAUGAAGUCGUGACCGUCUGCUGAAGUGGCCGUGUUGAAUUGCAUAUGUUUUCUGUUGUCCCCAAAAAAUUAAAACAAUUGUACUGCCACAUUCAGAAACUCAUUCCCAAAGCUACUGUAAACUGAUCGAGACCAAUACUUGUUUUUCUUUUUUAAUAUGAUUUGGUAUUGAAGAAACCUCAGAGUAAUGGGCGAGGAUCAUUACAAGUGUCUCAGUUGAGCGAGAGAAGCAUGCCUUUCACACAAACACAGAUUAUUAUUCUA